UUAGUUGAUGAGAUUUUAUGUGUGGGGGCAAAUACGCAGAUUAUGGAAGCUCAUUUUCUGAUGUUGUUCAAGGACUUCAACUUGUACUCGAAUCUCUAGGUUCGCACCACCCAAUGAUGCCAUCAAGUUACAAAUACAAGGACACUCUAGAGAAGCAGCUGAGUCUGACCACCUUACAUGUCCUUGGAUUUGUUUCAUUAGAGGAUAGCCCGGCGCUUAAGGCUUUUCUUCUCAAGAAAGCUCAGUUUUUUGAGGGCUGGUUCAAGUUUCUUUGCUCAUCUUUAUUAGAAAGCCAAAAUCAACCAUCUGCGGGCAUGGUUACAUCCACCGGGGAGCCUGCUGAUGAGUCUGCUCCAUACUCGCCAAAGGAAAUGGUGCACGUUGCACUGAAGUCCUUAUACAACAUUUACAAGUGCAACGAACAUCAUGACAUUGCUGAAAGAUUCAGGAUAUUGAUUAGCAAAUACUCCUGAACUUUCUUUCCCUGCUGCUGUAGUGAACUUUUCAUAUGUAAAGGCAUUUUUUUUUUCACUCGUAAGCAAGAUGAUCUGAAAAGAACUUUUGUUGUGUUUCCUGAUGUUUUUUGACCAACGAGGAAGAAGGCAGUUUUUGGGUUUUCUAUAUCUUGGUUUUUAGAUACUAGUGGAGCAUUCCUACAUAAUUUUGAACGCAAUUCCACCAUUGAAAAAGUAGACUAAUCUUUGUCCAGUGAUGCUUGAAUGUAUAUUGUCAUAUUCUCAUGAAUGAUGAUGUUUGUGUCUAUUUGACCGUUUAAUCCCUAACAAACA